AUGGAUGGUGAUGAGAGUCCGCCCUCAAGUUCCCUCUUCGAGCGCCUGAUGAAAAAUGAAGGCAAAAGUACAAAUACACGUUCCUGCUCUAAUACACCGGUAACGAAUGUUUUGAAUUUAUCGUCACACGAAGUGUCAGCUGUGGCUUUGAAAGUGCUGUCACGAGGCUUAAACUAUGCCAUUACUCCAAACAGAGUGCCGGUGGAGUCCAUAAUUUCAAGCGUCGAAAACUGCCUGAUGCGAAACAAGGUGCCCGGACCGGAAGCUGAAUGCCUUAGGCAGGACACAUCAGCUAUUUUACGCAAAUGCCAUAGUCCGAAUCAGAACAUGACAAGGCAGGAGGUCCAGGCAUUAACGUCUUUACGCAAAAAUCCGGAUAUCCUCGUAUUACCGGCUGACAAAGGCAACGCAACUGUUAUAGUAGAUACGGCGGAGUACGAACAGAAAGUUACACACUUGGUAAGUGACACCAAUACAUACAAAAAAGUAAGCUAUGAUCCAACAUCCCGUGUAACUUCUAGGUUAAAUAAGAUCCUAUCCACGCUGCCAGAUAUUGAUAAAAAACAGUUGCGGCCACUGAAUCCGACACCUCCAAAAAUAUAUGGACUGCCAAAAAUCCACAAACCUAACUGGCCCUUACGUCCCAUCGUGAGUCAAAUAGACUCACCCACUUACAAAAGCUCACGUCACAUGGCAAGCAUAUUACAGACGGUGACCGGCAGAACAACGAGCUUUGUAAGAGACUCAAAUCACUUUAUUCAAUUGUUGAAGGACGUCAAAAUCCAAAACGACGAGAUAAUGGUGAGUUUCGACGUGGCGUCUCUAUUUACAAAUGUACCGGUAGCGGAAACUAUAAAUAUUAUAAGACAACGCCUUAUAUCACACAAUAUACCUACUGAUUACAUGAGUUUAAUAGAGUUCUGCCUUACGAGUGGCUAUUUCCGUUGGCGAGGGGAUUUUUACCUUCAGAUGGAUGGAGUGGCGAUGGGCUCGCCAAUAGCACCAGUUGCGGCUAAUAUAUUUAUGGAAUACUUCGAGGAGGAGGCGUUGAAGCAUGCACCUUUUAAACCCAGAUACUGGUGGAGAUACGUAGACGACGUGUUCGCUAUAGUUCCCAGACAAGCCGUCACUCAACUACUAAACCAUUUGAACGACGUACAUCCAAAAAUCCAUUUUACUACGGAGGAGGAAAAUGAAGGAACUCUCCCAUUUUUGGACGUACUAGUGAAGAGGGAACCUAGUGGUAAUCUAGUACACACCGUGUAUAGAAAGCCUACACACACGGAUCGGUACUUGAGGGCGGACUCUCAUCACCAUCCAUCUCAGCUAUCUUCAGUGCCGCGCACGCUUAUAAGUCGCGCAAUACGUUUAUGCGACACUCAAUUCCUGCAGGCUGAAUUGACGCACGUACGGCACGUAUUAGAGAGCAAUGGAUACAACUGGCGACAGAGUUACCGAAUAGCGAACACGACCAGCAAACCACGGCCUCAGGUUGCAGAGCGGGUCCCGGUCUAUUUACCAUUUAUGCGAGGGGUUACGGACAAAAUUGGACACCUGUUACGCCGUAGGUUCAGCAUCAGGACAAUUUUCCGCCCAAUGACACAGAUCAAACAACUUCUGCGAUCUCCAAAAGACCGGGAUCCCCUAGAUAGUCCUGGUGUCUACGAGAUCCCGUGCGACUGUGGUAAAAGUUACGUCGGCGAAACGGGGCGCAAUAUAAAGUCGAGACUCUCUGAGCAUAUCCGCAGUAUGCGUAAAUUAGACGGCAACACCUCGGCGGUUGCGGAUCACGCACUUAACUCCGGAACCUCGCAUUAUAUUAGGUUCGACAAAGUUAAAGUGCUGGCCCGUGAGAGGAACUUCGUGUCUCGGAAGCUUCGGGAGGCUAUUGAAAUAGGUCGUCGACCUAAUUUCAACAGAGACAAGGGGUGGGCUCUGCCGCGUACAUGGGAACCCGUCUUAAUGAACGCGGCGCGACACAACAUCAACAGUGCUGAAGACGAUAUUGUGGAUAUAAUCAGUACAUUUUGUGCCCCCGGAAACGCUAAUAACAACACCAACACUGCUUUGGUAUCAACCUCGUCAACGACGCCGGCGCACCCCGCUCCCCCCGCCCCCUCAAGACGCGCCCUAAGAGCGCAGGCGCGCAGUGAGCGUCGGGCCGCGUCCGCGAAAUAA